AUGCAAUGGCUAAGAACACCUCUGACUAAUCAACGGAGAAAAAAUAACAGAUCAAAGCUCGCGCUGUCCACCUCAGCAUCCCGAGGUGCUACAUCUACCCUUCGGAACAAAGUCGUCGCUUCGUCGACAAUGCUCAAGGGCAAGAAGAAGGAUAAAGAUGGAAAAGAGAAGGCGGAAAAAGAUAAAGAAAAGGAAAAAGAUUUGAAGAAAGAGAAGAAAAAGGAGGAGAAAGAACAAAAGGAACAGAAAGAACAGAAGGAGCAGAAAGAGAUUCCGACGAUACGCACUGAAGACACAAGUGUAAACGACCAUAAUGCACCUCCGCCGCCAGAUGCGCCACCGCCGACUCUGCUCAAGAAAACCCAGUAUGGUGGAGGACCCGUCAUACCUCGUCGAGAUCGUCGGCAGUCUAGUAGCCUAUUCAAUGUAUCUUCCAACAGAGAGCUCGUCAAGUUGCCAGCAAUAAAAGAAGCAGAUCCAUCCGAACGCGAAGAUUUGUUUAUACAAAAGAUUCGACAAUGUUGUGUGGUGUUUGAGUUUGCGCAGGAUCCAUUAAGUGAUAUGAAGUACAAAGAGGUGAAAAGAGCAGCACUGAACGAACUGAUCGAUUAUGUGACAACUUGUAGAGAAGUGAUUACUGAAAAUGUCUACCCCGAAGCAGUUAACAUGUUUGCCUUGAACCUCUUUCGGCCGCUUUCGCCUCCGACGAAUCCUGUCGGUGCUGAGUUCGAUCCAGACGAAGAUGAACCAACGCUUGAGGCAGCUUGGCCACACUUACAGCUUGUUUACGAGUUCUUCCUUCGUUUUCUCGAGUCGCCAGAUUUCCAGUCAAGUAUAGCGAAGAAAUACAUCGACCAUCAAUUUAUGUUGAGGCUUUUGAUGAUUAUGGACUCAGAAGAUCCUCGAGAACGAGAUUUUCUCAAAACAACUUUGCAUCGGAUAUACGGAAAGUUUUUAGGCAUGAGAGCAUACAUCCGAAAGCAGAUCAACAACAUUUUCUACUGUUUCAUUUACGAAACGGAGCGACAUAAUGGCAUUGCAGAGUUGUUAGAGAUUUUAGGAAGUAUUAUCAAUGGUUUCGCCCUUCCACUGAAAGAGGAGCAUAGGACGUUUUUACUUCGAGUUUUGCUGCCGUUACAUAAGGUGAAAUCUCUCUCCACAUAUCAUCCCCAAUUAGCAUAUUGUGUUGUCCAAUUCCUUGAAAAGGACCCAUCUCUUACGGAGCCAGUGAUUCUAGGACUACUCAAGUUCUGGCCGAAAAUUCAUAGCCCGAAGGAGGUGAUGUUCUUAAACGAGCUCGAAGAAGUCUUGGAUGUGAUCGAACCGGUCGAGUUCCAAAAAGUGAUGGUGCCUUUGUUUACGCAGCUGGCACGUUGUGUGAGCAGUCCGCAUUUCCAGGUAGCCGAACGAGCUCUGUAUUACUGGAAUAACGAGUAUGUUAUGUCGCUAAUUGGAGAGAACGCUACAGUAAUACUACCGAUAAUGUUUCCGGCACUCUACAAAAACAGUAAAACGCACUGGAACAAAACAAUCCAUGGACUGAUAUACAACGCUUUGAAAUUGCUGAUGGAGAUAAAUCAGAAGCUAUUCGACGAAUGUUCGCAAAACUAUGCUAAGGAACGCUCGAUGGAAAAAGCUCGACAGGAGGAGAAGGAGCGGAAAUGGGCGAUCAUAGAACAAACAGCCCGAAAGAACCCUCAUUAUGGCGAAGUUAAAGCCGUUUUUUCUGACGUUAAUGGAAUUACGAACUCACUUGAUUCCUUAUCUCUUUCUGAACCUCACACAGAUGAAGAAAUAAAGUUGAGUAAGGAGGAAAUCAUGCGAAAUACUCUGAAUCGGGAGAAUGUCGAGCAAGUCAAUCAGCGCGAAGUCGGUUUCACCCAAAAGCGAACGGAACUUCCUCCGGAUAGACAAACCGAGAAAGCCCUAGACGAGUAUCAGCGGCGUGAUGCGUACUUACGAAAACUGGGUAACACAGAAUAACAAUGUGAGAUCGGUUUAUAGCGAGGUAUAAAAAUUUACUUCUACCGAUCCGUUGUACCGUGCAUCGCUUUAUAAUCUCAAUGUAAUCUCUCAGCAAGUUUUGUAUUCGCGAUGUUGCGAAACCUCUCAUCAAGCUUAAUUCUUCGGAGCCUUAUGUUCCCUAUUUAUUUCACGUGUCUCGCUUUUUUUUUUCACAAUUCCUCAUGGUAUCCGUGAACGAUCUUACAGUCACAUGACCUAACUUGAUGUUCUCCUUGUUUUGGGAUCCUUUACCUAUUCGUGAUAUUGACGCUUCUGGGUCCUAUACUGAUGAUUAUGUACUGUAAAUUGCUUACAAAUCUUUACUUAGAUAACUACGUAAAUACGAGAAAGCCCUCGAAUUACUAUGCCGGUUAUGAGUUUUUGUUCUGUUUUCCUUCAUUUUCUUACAUAGCUUUCAUACUACAAUUCUUGCUGAACCUAUACUGCUGCAUUUCAUCUCCAUAAUCUGCAAUCUCUCUGCUGCGGUUUCUUUUUUUGACCUUUAUCUUUUCCUCAUAUGCAUUCUUUAUGCUGUAUUUACAACUGAUUGACUAUGGAUCUGAUGAAUUGGUCAUGGUGAUAUAAAAAUGACUCA